CCGGUAUUUUUAUUCCUUCUACCGUGAUGCUUAAUCCCCUGAAACUCUGGUCAAUAAUUCCUAUCCAGUCGAAGUGCGCUUGUCGCGAUGGGAUGACAGUCCCACGUUCUGGUAAUUUAACCCAAUCCGGACACGAACGCCAACAGCGCGUCGCGACGCGUUUUCUCCUUAAAAUCCAAACUCCAAUUUUAACCGCCCAUCCCUUUGCUCGACUUCAAUUAAACAAACCCGAGUCUCGACCUUUUUACCUUUACUCGAUUGUGAUUUUCGGGUUCUCGAUUACUUUUCAUGUUUAAUACUUCGCAUUGUAUUAAUUUUCCUCCUUACUCUUCUUAAUCAAUCACAAGGAAGUCGCGAUGCCUCGCACCUCCUCUACACUGGCCCGCUCGCGUACUACACGCCUGCCUCGAGCGAGCCAAACGGGCAUCCAGAGCUUCGCAAGAGCGACCAAGCCCGGCCUUAGCUCAUCGGCAUCCCUCGGUCUCAUAGACGGAAAGAAGGAUCUCGCUACCACCUCAACACCCCGUCAACUGCCGGUCUCACCUUCCAAGAAACGGAAACUUGGGGAGCUCGAAAAUGUCGACUUCACGAUCCGCGAGCAGCAGGAAGGCGAAUCGGGGAACAGUACCGAAGAGAACAGCAAGGACUUGUCCAUAUUAACACCCUCCAAAUCCUUGAAAUUCAGUACCCUAUCCGUUUCAACACCCAGCUCCAGAAAUACUCGCAGGAGUGGCCACUAUGUCUCUACCCCGAUACCAUCGCCAACACCGCGGCAGGCACGCACAGGACGAACUCAACCUGAGCAUGCGGAUAAAAGUAGCGCUGUACACACACCGAGUACGCCGACAAAGCCGCGCGCUCCGAGACAGACUAAGCCGCUACCACGAUCGAACGCAUGUAUUCUUCCUGUUACGCGUGCGCCCUGUGUGGCGGAAUUGGUCACGCUGCAUUCGGCGUUUCUUAAGGCGUUGACGAUCCAUGCGGCGCACAAGGGUGUUGCUGCGCCAGCGGAUCUGAGAGAGUUCUUACCGAGUGUGGAGCGAAUCUGGAAGAAGAGGAAGGUUGUUGUUAAGGAUUUGCAGAGGUUAUUGUGGGUAUUGAAGACGAGAGAGUGCGAGAGUGGGAUGGGGUAUCGGCUUGCGAAUCAUGGGCUUGGCCGAGUUUGUUUGGAGAAGGUGAAUGGGCGGAGUGAUCGACUUGAUGAUGAGGGUGAGCUGCAGGCGCGGUUUGAAGAGGCGGCCGAUUUGCUUUGGGAGAAGGCGCUGGAUGAUGCCGGGGGUGAUGAGGGAAGUGUUGAUUAUAUGGGAAACCUGGGCCUGGUUUCAAUUGAGGAGUCGUUGGCACCAUUCACCGCGUUCCGGAAGGGGCAGCAGCGGCUGCAGGAUUUGAAGGGUGGUGUUAUAAAGAUGAAGAUGGAGACUUUUUUGGCUGAGGCCGCCGGCGACGAGACCUCGAGUACACCCGCUAAAGUGCGCAAUGCGACGACGAGUCGGCGCGAAGGGCUGCUUGAUCGAAUUAAGAAUAAGCAGCUGCGGCAGGCGAAAUUGCCUCCGCCGCCGUCUAAGGAGGUGCUGCUCCGUCGUGCCGCAUCUGGACGUAUCGAGGAGGUUGCGGGAGUGCUGGCUCUUCUUCGACCGGCAGGAUAUGUGGGCAAUGGGCCACUGGCAAGGCUGGCGGCGCAGCGGACUCCGUUCUGUCUGGAGACCAUUGUCCGCAAUGUGCAGGAUUCGACUCGCAACCCAAUCUCGGAGAAAGAAGUCGAAGCUUGCCUGGAGAUCCUUGCUCGUGAAGAUGUUGCUGGCCACUGGGUGAACAUUGUUGUCGUGAACCAGCUCAAGUCGGUCGUCUUGAAGUCUUGCGGCGAUGUCCAGUUGAAGGAUGUUGGAGCCAAGGUGGCUCAAUUGAAGCCUGGAUGGGAAGAGUCCCCGAAACUUUUGGACUGAUACUAGUAUUUGUCUGCACUCUUUUCUGUUUGGAUCCAUGUUUUCUGGCGAUACCUCAUGGCGAUUGGCAUUUUUGGAGUUAUGACUAUGGGCUGCAUUUUGUACGCGGAUUAUAUCAGCGCUGUAUUCGAUAUCCUGUAUGAUAGACUAUAAAACUAAUGAACACUUGAGGAACUGAAGAAUUGAACCCUUCCAUAAUUCUUGUCUACAUUGCUGACGCCUACUGA